GUCAAAUAGAUGAAUUGACAAAUCAGUCUGUGAAAUUUUCAAGAUGGAUUGGAGUUUUAUAAAACCAAUCCUGUCUAAUCGAUAUGGAACUUUAAAUAAACCUGAAAUAGUUAAUAUAAUUAAAGCAAUAACAAGAUGUGAAAACGAUUUUUUCGAUGAUGAAAGCAAUUAUGCGCAAUUUUAUAUGGCUUUUGCAGCUCUAGCUGCCGAAAAAUUGAGCCAAUGCAAGCUGGUGUGCCAAACGCAAGUGCCGCAAAUACAGGAAGCCUGCGCUAUACUUAUACGCUUCAUACUACAUAAAUUAAGUAAAAUAACCAAGAAACCCAGCUAUACCCAAUCACUAAGAGACGAAAUAAAAUGGCUGCUGCCAGCUUUAAAAAGUCUUUGCGAGGGAAAAUCUACUUCAAACCCACCAACAAAAACUUACACACACCCAGCUUCUGGGAUCGGUACUGGCACAGUACCGAACUCGUCGCUUCUACAAUUCGAUUACAAUGUUGUAGCAGCCGUUUUAAAGAGCGCAAAAUACCCUGAACCCAGCAAAAGUAUCGUGACUGGAAGUGACAAAGAAUCGCCAAAAUCCGAGAUUAAGCGUUCGCGUUCCGAUUUAUCGUCAGUAAUAUUCCAACAGCUGACCGCACCGUUAGAAGCUGGUAAAAUUACAUGGUCACCAUUAAGUGAGGAACUUACAGAUUGUUCAGACAUAUUCUCAACUGCAAAUAUUGCAUAUUUGCAAUCUCUAAAUGGCGCCGAUGUCAUACUCGAUGUAUGUAUUUCGUUGCCUAUUUUAUCACGUUAUCGUGCGAAAUAUCAUGAAACUAUCGAUGUAUUCAAUACAAAACCGUUAUACUUGCCCUUGACACAACCCGAUGCUGUACAAGUUAAAAACACACUUGCUCACAUGGUCACAGAUAUAUCCAUCCUUUGGCAGGCUCUAUCAUUACCCAUCAUGCAACCACUUUCGCCCAGCCGUAUUACUAAACUAUCCAACUGUGCUAUUUCGUCGCUUUACUGUGCCGUAUUGACAUCAAUUGCGAGCAGUGUGCUCAGCAUGACUAGCUCAACUUCAUCGCAAAAGAGCCAGCAAUCGUCAGGCGGUGGUGGUGGCACCCAAUCAAAAGAAGCCGAUGAAGCCGAAGAACAUGCACGCUUCAUUGUUGAUAAAGCUCUCGAAAUUUACACUAUCAUUGGUAACGUUUUCAAAACAUCUGCCCGUUCUCAUAUCUACCAGAAUCAUUUGUGUUUUGGAGCCUGGCUAUUGGUUAGUGGCAUACAGGGUGCACUGGGCGCAUCAGGUAGCGGCGCAGCGAGUAAUAAAUCAGCGGUACAAGCUGAUGAUGCUUCCAAAUCUAAGAUAGCAAGUGGUGCUAUUCAACGUACUCCAGAAACACCAUCCACACCAACAGCGCGUGUUAAUCUAUUCAAAGUACAGCAAGGUUUUGGCGUACUAAAUGCCGCAAUUGCAAACCAUUGCAUUAAACUGCUCAGUGAACUUGUCGAGGAUCUUAAAAUUGAAUCCACAUGUAAUGACAUUGGUGUUAAUAGUAAUAAUCAGAAUUUACCAGAAGCUGCGAGUUUCGAUAUACUGGAAAACUAUACAUCUCUCCAACGCAUUAUUCGUGUACUCAACACCGCUACUUUACAUCAACUCUUUACGUUUCUUGCUACAGUUUCUUAUAGAAAAGCCUGUGCGCUCAAACGGGCAAAUGCCAAAGAUCGUACAGAAUGUGAAGCUAUCAGCUAUUCCGACUCAACUACAUACUUUAACGAUACACUUUCUUGUUCGGAUAAUUCUGAAGAGGAUGAUAGCGAAAGCUAUCUGGGUCAUUGGUUCAAAGAGACACUGUCGCCUGAGGCGAACGAUGACGCUGCAAACGCUCAGGCUCAAGAACGUGUCAAUGAGGCACAAAAAUCCAAUCUGGUACCAGCAGUUGACGAGCCACAUGAAUAUUUGGAUUUAGCUGCACAAAUCUUUUGCUUCAUGGAACAAUUUUUCGCAAAUAAACAUGCCUAUUUACAUCGCUAUGUGAAGGCAGGACUGAGCGAUCAACAAAUGUUAUUGCUGGCAAAUAUACUAAAGGAUCUUGAUCGUGAUGCAGCACGUGGGGAAGCUGAAACAUCUACAUGCGCUAAAUGGCAAGCUGCAAUGAUACGUUUCUCAGGCGCCGUUGGACGUUAUUUACACAACUUAAUAUCGGCUUCGUUGUUAAGCGAGUCCUUGCAAUCAAAUUUACUACAGCAACUUUCAAUUUCACCGUGGUCGACAGACACUAACGCUUGGCCACUGCAAGUAUAUCCCAGCACAUUGUCUGUGCUAGUGCAAAUUCUGUUGCUUAAGCCAACACAGGAGAAGGAGGCCGCCUGUUUAUCCGUCUGGCACCGCCUAAUCAACACACUUGUAGAGGGUGUUUGCUGCACUUCGGUCGCGAGCACAGCAUCAGAUGUCGAUUAUGAGGAUCUUAAUAUGGAGCAUGCACAACUGCUACUCUUUCUAUUCCAUUCGUUGAACUUGAUGCAGAAGAAGAUGAUACUUCUGCUAACUGCCGGCGCUGUUACCCGUUGCGCUGAAGUAUGCCGUGGCAUUUCACCUGACAAACCUGUGCGCAAUAGCCAAAUAAUGUUACUAUCACGUUUGCUGCUGUUUCUUGAGUAUUUAAUGAAGCAUUUGUAUAAUGCACCACCUGAAUUACUGGAUCAAGUGCGCUGGAACUUGUUCAGCAUAACGACAAUGCAUGAAAAUCAGAAAGUAUCUGAUUUGUUGAACAGCAAAACGAAGCUGACAUCUUUCUGUCGCAAGGAUAUUGAAGAGAAGUUCCGCAAAUCCUCAUCGGACUACCUAUCUAAUAUACGUCCAACGUUUUAUUCGCUCACUGUUGUCGACCCAGCUGCUACUUCGACGCAACAAGAAUUCAGACUCGAUGGUCUAGCUUGGAAUUUCAUACUCUGUACGCCGGACAAAUUGAAAUACCCACUUCUUGUAGAUGCAUUAAUCGAUAUACUCUCCGUCACUGACAUGUCACAAAACAAAGUCACCUCACACACCCUAUGCGCGAUGCAAUAUUGUUUUAGCAUUUGCUGGAAGUUGCUGCUGGGUCUGCCGCCCUCUACGGUGCAUGUAGAGUCGUUGAUGGAAGAUAAAGUCCCUAAUUUACACUCGCUUUUGUGGUCUAUACGUUGUCCUAUGUCAACAUCACAUUACUUAAUAGUGAAUAGUUUAAUAAAGCAAGGGAUGUACACACAAUUUGCUGAAACUUUAUGGUCGAAUGUUAGUGAUCGUGUAAGCGAUAUUGGCUUCAAUUUGAAACAGACUUUGCUGGGAGUUGAGGCAUUUAACAAUGCAGUGGACAAAGUAAAUCCGCGCCUAUCCCACAUCAUCCUUCUUGAUGCGGUAGUUGCGCACAUGCAAGCUGUGGCUUGGGCCGCUAAAGAAGGUAUUAAGCUUCAGCGUGCUGCAGCAAGUAGUAAUAAUAGCGGCAGCGCUAGUCCCAGCUUGCCAAGCUCGAAUUCGCCAAUUACCACAGGCGAACCGGACGUCUAUUCCUCUUCGGAAUCGUUGGAUCAAAAAAAUAAAACCUCCGAUUCGCCAUCUAAUUUGUUACAAGAGCGCGCUCAAAUUAGCCGGGAUUUGCUGUUAUUAUUGGUGGAAACUUAUAAAAUCGUAUCAGAAACUGUACGCAGCAAAAUGACCUUACAACUUACGGACGCAACCCCACUUAACAUACUAAACCUAAUCGUACCAAUUGUUAGCUCGCAAAAUCCACUCACUUCUGAGUUAAAUGCAACCUUUAUUAAGCUAUUGCCGAAUCAAGAUAAAGACAUAAUCAAUGUUGAGUGGACAAAGUGUUUCCGCGUAUCUGAAAAUUCUGUAUUCGCCAAGCCUAACUAUCCAGUAGAGGAGUACACAUUGACUGUAAUUGAAGCGCAUAUUGUAGAGCUUACACGCUACAAUAACUACACGCUUCUGAACUCACUAAAACACUGCAUGAAAUCCAUAUUGACUCUGAUUGACUUGAUACUUCCAUAUUGCAAUGUAGAUGUCGCAGCCAGCACAGGCACUACAAAUGUCGACGUUGACAUUGAAAAAGAAUUGAAAUCGAUACUUAUUUCGACCAUGCUCGAUGUGCGUAUGGAAUAUGUUUACGAAAGAAGCGAGAAAUGUAUGCAUACGCUUAUGAAUGGUCACGAUGACAGCUCCGAAACGCAACAGCUGCUCGUUUAUGAAUACACGUUGAGGCAUUGCUAUAAAUUGUUAUUAGAAUUCGCCGAGGAACUGCGUCAAUCGCAAGCGAAUACAAAUAAAGUGAUCUUCAGCGAAGUGAUGCUCUUCGCUGUGCUCAAAACAAUGACCCAAAUGCUUGAUAAACCCACUGGCGUAAAGGCAAUGCGUAAUUUCUUCAAAGUGAACAAGGAAGGAAGCAUGGUGGAACUGCUGUUAUCGUUCACAGGCACCACUAUGUCGGUUUCUUAUGCAAGAAAAUUGUUACAAUUCGUCGAGAAACUAUUCCAAUUAGCCGAACAAGUGGAUAGUAAUUUCCCCAUGGAUGAUAUGGUGCAGUGUUUUGCAGAAUUAGCCAAUGUUGAUGGUGCGCGCACCAAAGCUUGGUUAAGUCAUGUCAUUUAUGGGCCUAACGGUGCUCAAGGCGGUUCAGAUACAGUGGACAAAGUGCUCGCAAGCAUGCAACCCUCCAGUACGCCAUCGAGUAAUGCACAAACCCCAACAAAUAUGGCGACCGUAUCGGCGAUACCUAGCAUAACAGAUCAGUUGGCUCAAUCUUCGGGUUUGGAUGCAGAAGCUAUGGAGAUUGACGAUGAUGGUGCCGUGGCAUGUGGACCCACCAUACUACAGGCAGAGACGUUCAACCUUUGGCAAAAUGCCGGUAAUAGUUAUGUGACUAAUCAGUCUGAUGAAUCGUCGCAGGAUGCGGAAAAUAACGAUCGUAAUGGUGCACUGCUGCUAAGCGUUGUGAAGUACAUAACACGCGAUGGCAAAGCUCCACCCGGUGUCGCCAUGACUCUCUUCCAAUCGCUCCUACAAAUUGGACAAACGCACACGCAGGAAACAUCUGAUUUCGCCGAUAUUCUACAGGUAAUGAUCACACUGGCCGAUACCACACAAGGGCGCGGCCAUGCUACGCUCUUUAAUGCCACAAUAGUUUGGCUGGAAAUCACCGAAUUCCAAGUACUCGAGCGUGCUUUGAAUCCUAAGAAUCCGAAUUCCCUGGUUCCCACCGUUACUCUUGAGAAUAUCAACGCGCUGCUCAAAUAUCUUAGUGAAUUACUUCAAAGUCUGGGCUACAAAGGUAGCAAGAAUCUAACACCACCAUGGGAUGAUGAAAUGCAGACCGAUUUGGAGGAACUAAUGGAUGAUUUGGGCAUCGAGGAGGAUGAUUCAUUUGUCGAGGACUCCGAUGAAGAUAGUCUCAAUAAUAAGCUCUGCACAUUCUCACAAACACAAAAAGAGUUUAUGAAUCAACAUUGGUAUCAUUGUCACACCUGCAAUAUGGUGAAUACAGUAGGUGUGUGCUCGGUAUGUGCACGCGUCUGUCACAAGGGACAUGAUGUCAGUUAUGCCAAGUAUGGCAACUUCUUCUGUGACUGCGGCGCCAAAGAGGAUGGCUCGUGCCAAGCGCUUAGUCGACGUGUUUCAUCAAGUGGCGGCGUUGGCGGCAGUGGCACUGGUGCGGAAAGUCGUCAACUUAUUGAUUAUAGUCAAAGCGCAUACGCUAGUAAUAUGAAUGUGUUGAACAGCAAGAAGCGCGCUCAGACACCUCCUUCACAAAUUGCUGCCUACACACAACGCGUGGAGGCACCCAACGAACGCGUUACUUUGUUAACGAAGUUAUUGGAGUCGAGUCGUGAAGUGCUUCAGAACAAUGAACAGUGGAGCGUCAUCGUGCGUUGCAUACUCGAUUUCUUUGAUGUGCUAUUACCAUCAAUUCGCGAAAAUUGCGCACUCUUCUCUAUUGUUGGUUGCCACAAGCGCGCAAAGGCAGCACUGGAUCGCCUACAUACACCCGAACAAGCUUUCCAAAUAACCGAUCAGUUGAUGGUGCCAACUCUGGGUUCACAGGAGGGUGCCUUUGAAAAUGUACGCAUGAGCUAUUCGGGCGAUCAAGGCCAAACUAUAAAACAGUUGCUUUCGUCUGGUUUGGUUCGACGCGUUGCAUUGUGUUGUCUCUCCUCGCCACAUGGCAAACGUCAGCAUUUAGCUGUAUCACAUGAAAAAGGAAAAGUUACCAUUUUACAGUUAUCAGCAUUGCUGAAGCAAGCAGAUGCUGCUAAGCGUAAACUCACGCUCACACAACUCUCUUCUGCACCUAUUCCUUGCACUGUUCUCUCACUUACCGCCAACCCAGCGAAUGAGGACUGCUUGGCUGUUUGUGGACUAAAGGAGUGUCACAUUCUGACAUUCUCGAACAGUGGCGCUACAAACGAACACAUUGUUUUGACUCCACAACUGGAGAAUGGCAAUUUUAUUAAAAAGGCUAAUUGGUUACCAGGAUCGCAGACUAUGUUGGCGCUUGUUACUGCAGACUAUGUGAAAAUCUAUGAACUCGCAGAGGAUUCAUAUAGUCCAAAGUACUAUUUCCUCGUUGCUGUGGGAAAAAUACGUGACUGCACAUUUGUUUACCAAGAUGGCGUAUAUUACAUGCUGAUCAUUGCCUCUUCUGGAUACAUUUAUUAUCAGAAAUUGGAUGAUCAGAGUUUGGCUAAACAUGGUGAUUUCUAUGUAACAAAUACCUUGGAAUUAAAUCACCCGCAAAUCAAGGAUGUUAGUGGACAAGUCGGUGGCGGUGGGGUCUCAAUUUACUACUCACACACGCUGCAACUGUUGUUCUUCAGUUAUUCUGUUGGCCGCAGUUUUAUGACUCCACUUACCGAUGUCAAUAAGGGCGUGAAGAGCAUCACAAAUCUGCAGACGGCACCAGCUUCAAAGAACUCAUCCAAAGGUCCUCCGCAACCCUUGUGCCAAUGGACCGAAAUUGCCGGACAUCCUGGCUUGAUAUGUGCCAUGAUGCACACCUCUAAUAAUCCAGUUAUAUUUAUGUUUACUCCAGAACGUAUACUCAUGCAGGAGAUCAAAGCACAAUCGUCUAAAUCUCGCAUUAUGGACAUGGUGGCCAUACGCCACACUGUGUCUGGUGUGGAGAAGACAACACUUAUAUUGUUGUGUGAAGACGGCAGCUUACGCAUUUUCACCGCUCAACCAGAAAAUACCAGCUUUUGGCUGUCACCGCAAGUGCAACCCUUUGGCAACCAAUUGUAUUCCUCGACACUUUUCGCAAAAUGCAACUCUAGCAAAAAAUCAAAGCGUAAAACAACAAAUCAACAGAAAACUGUGGGUCCCAAUGGCGCACCAAUAUUCCCAAUCGAUUUCUUCGAACAUUGUACGAUGCUCUCCGACGUAGAGUUCGGCGGCAACGAUCUAUUGCAAAUUUAUAACAAACAAAAACUUAAGACACGUCUUUUUUCAACUGGCAUGUUUGUGGCGUCAACAAAGCCCAUAGGCUUCACUCUGGAAGUGUACAACAACGAUCCGAACACAGUAAUUGUAGGUAUACGCGUUUUGCUCGGCACUCAGGAUCCACUUCGUGCGCCGCAAACCGUCACUGUGCUAGGACGUACAAUACCGACAGUAGUACGACGAGCACGCUGGUUCGAUAUACCGCUUACACGUGAGGAGAUCCUACAAUCUGAUAAAAGUUUGAAAGUAAUUUUCGGCAAGUCACAAGAUCCCGAGAACGUCGGCAUGCUCGAUAGCAUUGAGGUCUACGGAAAGUCAAAGGAUUUAGUUGGUUGGCCAGAUGACAACGAUGACACCGCCGGCAAUGCUGUGGCAGGUACAACGAACAACACCAAUGCCAAUUUUAAUGGCCAACUAUCGGCUGCAAACUUUGGCGAAGGCUUCACCUCCAUAAACAAUCUUGAUAAAAUGGUAACAAAUCUGUUAGAGGUACUUGACUACUCUUUGGACUUACUUGGUGGUAACAACGUAGCUGCGGCCAUCAAACAGAAGGCUAUAAAAACUGCAACUUCACUACUUCUUUUACCCACACCAAAUCAGGUGCAGGCUCAGUCGCGUUAUGUAUUGGCUACUUUGUUCGGUAAUCGCAAUGCAUAUCAUUCAUACAAAGACAACGAGGUCAUACACUAUGUGAACCAAGAACUGCAGGCAUUGAAAACCAAAAUAAGUACACCAGAAAUGGUUUGCGAUAUCGACCCAGAAGCUUUCUACCGCUUAGUGUUGUUGGUGCGCGGUAUAGCAAUGUCACGCCCACAAUCACUCACGAAAAUUUGCCUUGAGAACAAAAUCGAACUUGUCCAAGACAUUCUGCAGUUUGUCGAAAAGCUCUAUCAAAUCACUCCACGUGUGGACGAGCCAACUUCGAUCGUUAGGCGUGGUCUCAGCCAUACCGAAACUAUUGUCCAUUGCUUGGUUGAGGUAAUGCACGCAUUUGCACUUUCCGACGCCAACCAAGUUGAAAGCAUGACAAAAUACUUCAUAGACCUUCUUAAGAAUGAGUCGAGCGUCAUAAGUCAUAGCGCCAAGGAGGCUAUUAUACUGCUACUCAAUCCACGUUUAAAGCGGCGCAAAGUUGCUAUUGUAACGCCGCCAGUUUGUUCGACGCCUACACCAUCGAAUACCACUGCGACUAUUACUUCAUCCAAUCUAACAUCUCUCGCAGUGGCGGGUGCGGCUGAAGUGACCGCCGACGAGGUUUUAGAAGCAGCUGCAGUAGGAGGUCCGUCAGCUGCUGCAGUAGGUCGCAGUAAUAGCGUUGAAUUUGUAGAUGCAAGUGCAUUAGACCCACUCGCACAUGAUGCUGGACACCAGCUCUUAAAUUUGGAAGCUUUCAUGGGUGGCGGCUUCCCGCAAUUACUGGGUCUACAGCAAGACGCCGACGAUGAGGCAAUAAUGGAUUUAGCUAUAGCAUUGAGUUUGCAACAGCACGAAGGCGAAGGACUACAAUCCUUGCAACAAGGCUUAGCAAAUCUACAGGGCAUACGAAAUGCGGGUAAUUUACAUAACUUACAAGCUCUUGAGGGCAGCAAUAUGGGUAUGGCGGCUAACGCUGCUAGUGUUUCGGCCGGUGGCUCCGACGAUGAAGGUUCAAAUGUAGCAACGGACGGUUCAACAUUGCGCACAUCACCUGCAGAGCCGGCUGGAAGCGGGGGUUCGGAGAGUGGUGGCAGUGGUGUUGAGAGUAUUGGUGGUACAUCAGGACGCAGCAGCACCUACGGUGAUCAAGCGAAUGCUUCCCCACCGCGCUCAGCAAAUGCACAGUCUGACUUGCAUAUGGCUAAUAAAUCGAAUACAAGUGCAGGCGCAGUAGGUGGAGCAGAUGAACCAGUUGCCAGUACAAGCGCUGCAGCUGCCGCUGUGGCAAGCACAGCAAAUGAAGAUGUUAUAACUGAGGAUGAAAAUUUGGCCAAGUUGCACGAUUUAAGAAUUUCAAUUUUGGAAAAUAUUAUCCUCAACAUACACACGUUUGACAAUUGCAAUGGUGUUCAAGCCAUACCAUUAAUACAAGUUAUACUAAUGCUGACGACCGACCUGAAUGGUAACAACGAACGCGACCAAAAAGUGUUAAACGAAUUGCUAUCUGCAUUGGUCGACUACGUAGAGAUGGACUCCAUUUCGAAUACGUUUAAGAUGAAGGAUCGCAAUGCUAAAAACGAAGUGCGACUGGUAUUGCUCUGUCUUUUCGGUGUAUUGAUGGGUAAGACAAAGUCAAAGCAAGCCGGCACCACAUCACCGCCACAUCAAUUCAAAGAUAACGCCUCGUUUGUGGCAAGUACUACUGCAAGCAUUCUCAGCAACAACGGCGCAUUCACAUUUUCAUUAGUUGUAAUGGAAUCCCUGCUUGAACACUGGAAGCGGGUUUCUAGCGAACAAAGCGCCAAUGGGAAUAAUACAUCAGCAGCAUCUAGCACACCAAUCGCUGGCGCUGCAACAACGUCAUCACAAAAUAAUCUACUCAAACCAAUACGCUACGGAGCCAAGCCAGAUAUUUCAAUGCUAAUACCGCACAACUAUUUGAAAAAUUACCCGGACAUUUUUGAUUCAUAUGAUGCAUUGCUAACGGAAAUUUCAGUACGUUUACCUUAUCAAAUACUCCGGCUUUCUGCCACUCAUCCAGGACCUUAUGAUUGGUAUCACAACUAUUGUGAGAAUAUGACUUACACGCUCUGUGAAUAUAUGAUGCUGAAUUUAAAUGCGUUGUUGCGGCGUCAAGUACGCAAAUUACUAAUGUAUAUUUGUGGCAAUAAAGAGAAGUUCCGCAUGUUCCGGGAUGGCCACUCACUGGAUGUGCAUUUCAACUUUGUAAAGGAGAUUUGCAGUCUCUUUAAUACCAAGAAUUUGGUACUUUCGAAUCAAUCUAUACCAAUACUCAGCUAUGACUCCCUUGUCGAUCUCACCGAGCAUUUGCGCACUUGUCAAGAGAUCAGUCAGAUACGCACUGGUAAUUGGCAAAAGUUCUGUCUGAUUCACGAGGAUGUCAUACCGGUUUUAAUCGAAAUCGCCUGCUACCAACUCGAUGAUGGCGUUUCACCAAUUCUACUGCAACUUCUUCAAGCGGCACUUUGCAAUAACAUUCAAGCUGUAAAACAACAACAGCAGCAACAACAGCCAGGCACCUCCUCAAAAUUGCGUAGCGAUCGUGACAAGUCUGAAGAAAUUGAAAUUUCAUUCGAUUCGAAAUUCGAUCCAGCACAUUGCAGCACAUUCGUACAUCAGAUAUUCCGUUUUGUUUCCGAUACGUUACUAAAUAAAUUUGUACGCAUUUUCUUACUGGAGACAAAUAUAACCUCAAUACGCUGGCAGGCACAUUCGUUGAUCUUCGCGAUUUACGAAAACUCGAAUGACCGCCAAAAAGAGAAACUGAUUAGUAUUUUGUGGAACAUGUGGCCAUUAGUACCUGCUUUUGGUCGUCGUACAGCACAAUUUGUUGAUAUUCUUGGCUAUUUGACGCUUAGCACAAAGUCGAUUGUUGACAAAUUGCCCGAGUACACGGAGAAGGCAGUGGAAGUGCUACGCCAACAAAAUGAUCUACUAUCGAAGCAUCCGAAUGCACCUAUUUAUACAACACUUGAGCAAAUACUGCAAAUGAAUGGCUAUUAUCUUGAGUCGGAACCAUGUUUGGUGUGCAACAACCCAGAAGUGGCGAUGGCUAAUAUUAAAUUGCCAUCGAUUAAGUCAGAUUCGAAAUUCACAACAACCACAAUGAUUGUGAAAUUGGUACAGAGUCACACUAUUUCCAAAAUGAUUGUACGCAUUGCAGAUUUGAAACGCACGAAAAUGGUGCGUACCAUCAAUAUUUACUACAACAAUCGCACUGUACAGGCUGUAGUUGAGCUCAAGAAUCGGCCAGCCAUGUGGCAUAAGGCGCGUUCAGUCACAUUGCAAUCAGGACAAACUGAGGUGAAAAUUGAUUUUCCGUUACCCAUUACCGCUUGCAAUUUGAUGAUUGAAUAUGCCGACUUCUACGAGACCGUAACUGGCUCAAGUGAGAACUUACAAUGUCCACGCUGCAGUGCCGCAGUGCCAGCAUAUCCGGGGGUCUGCGCAAAUUGUGGUGAAAAUGUAUUCCAAUGUCACAAAUGUCGCGCCAUCAAUUACGAUGAAAAGGAUCCCUUCCUAUGCCACUCGUGCGGAUUCUGCAAAUAUGCUAAAUUCGAUUUCAGCAUCUAUGGUCGCGUUUGUUGUGCUGUCGAUCCAAUCGAAUCGGCAGAAGAUCGCGCCAAAACCGUACAAAUCAUACAUUCUUCACUAGAACGGGCCGAUCGUAUUUACCGCCAAUUGCAAACUAACAAACAAAUGCUGGAAUUACUCAUACAAAAGGUGGCCGAACAUCGCUGUUCCGAUCGGCUGGUAGAUGACAACCUCGGUACAGUGCAUAGCACUUCGCAAGUCAACAAAAUUAUACAGCUAUUGGCGCAAAAGUACUGUGUAGAAUCGCGAAGUUCCUUUGAGGAACUGAGCAAAAUAGUGCAGAAGGUUAAAGCGUGUCGUAGCGAAUUGGUGGCUUAUGAUCGCAGCCAACAGGAUCAAUCUCACAACUCACAAGGCAUGGAUAUGCGUGAAAACUGCGCCAUAAACCGUUGUUACGGUUGCGCAUUGGCAUCCACAGAGCAAUGUCUUACAUUGCUACGGGCUAUGGCCUCUAACUACGAAUGCCGCAUUGGUUUGUAUUCCCAGGGUUUGGUCGAAGAAUUAGCACAACACAACCUGCGGCGUGGCACGCCACAAAUACAAGAUGAAGUACGCAAUUUGCUUGUGCUUUUGACAAAGAAUAAUCGAGAUGCUUGCAUGAGUUUGUUGGAUUUGAUUACCGAACGUGUAAAAACGGCUUUGCUGGGCGCCAUACCCUUGGCUAAUUUGGAUGCAGCAAUACACCAUGAGAUGGUUUUACUGGAGGUGCUCAUUGCACAAGAUGAUUUCUGUUGGGAGAACAAAUUGAAAGUCGUAUUCGAGCUGUUCCUAGUAACAUGUCGUACACCUCGCGGUCCCGCUAUAUCUGUUAUUCAGCCCUGCUUACGUAUUAUGCAAGCUCUUAUUUGCCCCACACUACCUACGAGUAAAUUAAAUCGCGAUUUGAGCCCAUCGCAAUUAUCGACUAUCAGCAGUAUUGAUGGGAUCACAGUCAAUUUCAAUAAGUGGUUAAGUGGUGACCCACAGCAUUCAUACGACGUUUGGAAAACGCGCAUGCCAGCGAACACAGCAGUAAAAGCACGUAAGGGAUUUACGAGCGCUAGUGCUAAUUCAGCUGCCUCUAUAUUACCAGACGAUCGUAUGCUAGCCGCAAUGCUACAAUCUGUAGUUGAACAAAAUAGUGGCUCUAACACUGGUAUUAGCAUGGCAAUGCCACCAGCAGAACCCACUAAUUCGACAAAGAAGAAACGACAAUUAGUUCGCGAAUUCUAUUUGUCCGAGAAGUAUGGUCGUCGCUGGCGUAAUUGUGUGCUUAAUAAAGAACAUCUUAAUGCGCCACUAGUGUUGAGCGCUAGCUGGUUACAACCUAUUUUAUUCAACACAAAUUCACGAUUUGGCCGCCAACUGGCCUGCUCACUCAUCACUUCUUUGAGCCGCACGCAUGAGCGCAAGCGUGAAAUACUGAAUUUGUUGACUGGUUUUCUAAAGUAUGUCGGUGAUGCGGGUGAAGCAAGCGCGGAGUUCUUGGCUUUGUAUCGCGCUCUAGCGGCCGAUACGCCAUGGCGUCAGUAUUUGGCACUAAAAGGUGUGCUUGCUGAAGUCUCACAACUACUGACAGCGGAAAUAGUUAAAAUACAUCGCCUGGAGGAGACCACAUUGUCAUCUGAUUUAUCCCAAGGUUACGCACUGCGCCAAUUUGUAGAGUUGCUCUCGCUCUUCCUUGAAAGCGCUACCAUACGACAGGCGUAUAAAACACGCCUCCUUGGACCAGUGCUUGAGGGUUACUUAUCAUUGCGAAAAUUGGUUGUACAACGUACGCGGCUUAUCGAUGAUGCACAGGAGAAACUGCUAGAAAUGUUGGAAGAAAUGACUAGCGGCACUGAGGAGGAAACUCGCGCAUUUAUGGAGAUUCUAAUCGAUACUGUUGAGAAAACGCGCAUGAACGAUAUAAAGACUCCGGUGUUUAUAUUCGAGCGACUAUACUCCAUUAUACAUCCAGAGGAAAAUGAUGAAAGUGAAUUCUUUAUGACGCUGGAAAAGGAUCCGCAACAAGAAGAUUUCCUACAAGGACGCAUGUUGGGAAACCCUUAUCCCUCUACUGAAGUAGGACUUGGUCCACUUAUGAGGGAUGUUAAAAAUAAGAUAUGUACUGAUUGUGAGUUGAUAGCGCUGCUGGAGGAUGAUAAUGGAAUGGAAUUAUUGGUUAAUAAUAAAAUAAUCAGCUUAGACUUACCCGUCAAGGAUGUUUACAAAAAGGUUUGGCUAGCAGAGGGAGGCGAACGUGAUGCCAUGCGAAUUGUAUAUCGCAUGCGUGGGCUGUUAGGUGAUGCCACGGAGGAGUUUGUCGAAACGCUAAAUAAUAAGAGUCAAGAAGAAGUCGACACGGAACAGCUCUACCGCAUGGCAAAUGUUUUAGCCGACUGUAAUGGCUUGAAAGUGAUGCUCGAUCGCAUUGGCAGUUUGCAAAAUAUAUCACGAACUCGUGAAUUGAUACAAGUACUACUCAAGUUGUUCCUUAUUUGUGUGAAAGUGCGCCGUUGUCAAGAGGUACUCUGCCAACCGGAAUUGGGCGCCAUCAAUACACUGCUCAAAGUAUUGCAGAUGUGUUUGCAGUCUGAAAAUGAUUCGAUACAAUCGUCGGUAACUGAGCAAUUGUUGGAGAUAAUGGAGACCAUACUAUCGAAGGCAGCCAAUGACACACUGGACUCAUUUUUGCAAUUCUCGUUGACAUUUGGUGGGCCAGAAUAUGUAUCGGCGUUGAUAUCAUGCACAGACUGUGGAAAUGUUCGCAAUAAUCCGUCAGUGCUACGGCACCUUAUACGUGUACUGGCAGCGCUGGUUUAUGGCAAUGAAGUAAAGAUGGCAUUAUUGUGUGAGAACUUUAAGGAAAUUCUCGAUUUCAACCAUUUCGAUAGUGAGCGCACACCCGAAGAAGAAUUUAAAAUGGAGCUCUUCUGCGUGCUAACCAAUCAAAUAGAACAUAACUGUAUCGGUGGCACCUUAAAAGACUAUAUUGUAGGAUUGGGUAUUGUUGAGCGUGCCAUCGCUUAUAUUACCAAGCAUGCACCUUGCGUUAAGCCAACACUACUGCGCACCGAUUCCGAUGAAUUGAAAGAGUUCAUCUCGCGUCCAAGCCUGAAGUAUAUUCUACGUUUCCUCACUGGACUCGCAAGCAAACAUGAGGCUACACAGCUUGCCAUCAGCAAAGAUAUUAUACCAAUAAUACAUCGUCUCGAGCAAGUAUCCAGUGAUGAGCAUGUCGGCAGUUUGGCAGAAAAUCUUCUAGAGGCUUUGUGCACCGACGAAGCUACUGCAACAAGGGUACAGGAAGUGCGUGACUUCACACGCGCCGAAAAGAAACGCUUAGCGAUGGCCACACGUGAGAAACAACUGGACGCUCUGGGCAUGCGCACGAAUGAGAAGGGUCAAGUGACAGCUAAAGGUUCUAUACUUCAAAAAAUUGAAAAAUUGCGUGAUGAAACUGGUCUGACCUGCUUCAUAUGCCGCGAAGGUUAUGCCUGCCAGCCAGCCAAAGUACUGGGCAUCUACACAUUCACGAAACGUUGCAAUGUUGAGGAGUUUGAAUUGAAGUCGCGUAAAACUAUUGGUUACACCACUGUCACACACUUUAAUGUGGUGCAUGUGGACUGUCAUACCUCGGCCAUACGUUUGGCACGUGGCCGUGAUGAGUGGGAACGUGCUAGUUUGCAAAACGCCAAUACUCGCUGUAACGGUUUACUACCACUUUGGGGUCCAGACGUUUCGGAAGCCGCUUUCUCGGCAUGUAUGACACGUCACAGCAGUUACAUGCAAGAGAGCACGCAACGUUGUGACAUUUCCUUUCCCAGCAGUAUACACGAUCUGAAAAUGAUACUGAUGCGAUUCGCAUGGGAGCGUAGCUUCCACGAUGAUGCUGGCGGUGGUGGUCCCCAAUCGAAUAUGCACUUUGUGCCCUAUUUGCUCUUCUAUGCAGUUUAUUUGCUGUUGUCCUCACGCUCAGCCGCUCGUGAUUGCAAAACCUUAAUUGCAUAUUUGACGGCCGCCCCUUCGGAUAAGUGGUUGGAAUGUGGUUAUGAAGUCGAGGGGCCGUUGUAUAUGUUAAGUAUAUCAUUGGCAUUACACAGCCAUGAAACAUGGAAUAAGCAUAAAUUAGCACAUUUGAAACGUUUAAUAGCCGUAGCUCAGGCGCGUCACAUCUCACCAUCGGUGCUGUGCAAGGCACUUUUAUCGCAAAGCGAUCGCCAAACGAAAGAUUACAUUGUCUAUCGUCCAUUUUUGAUGAUGUGGGCUCUGAUCGAUUUAAUCUAUAGCGUACUAUUCAAAUCCGUAAGCACUCCGAAAGAGGAAGACUGGUCGAUUUCGUUGUUCGAUUACAUUCGAAAGAACGAUGAAGCUAUGCUAAAGUCCACAGACACAAUUUUGCAAACUUUCACCGAAGAAUUUCUGCCGUGCACAUCGUUCGGCGAAUUCUGUGAUGUAGCUGGACUGCUGCAUUUGAUUGAAAAUCCCGAUGGGUUCAUCGAUGAAAUCUUAGCUUCUCUACCCACAACAUCAUCAGCUUGAACUGGCAAAAUUUUGCUUACAUAAUAAUAUAAUUAAUCAAUUUGCUUCUAGUAGUCGAUGGGUAGACACAUAGCACGUUAAAGCACUGAAUUUAAAACCAUGCGUUGGAAUAUAUUCACUACACACAAUAUCUGAAUGUUCGCUGAUAAAUAUUCGUACAUAUUAACCACAUUUAUUGCAAAUUUAAUCUCAAUAAACCUUAACGUUCAAUAAAUAA